AACUUAAAAAUGUUUUUGUUUUGUGUAUUUGCUUUGUUUAUUGAAUUUUUUUUUUUUUUGAGUAUCAAUAUAUUUUUCAAAUCUAUUGCCGAAUAUAACAGUUGAGAAAAUUAUUCAAAGGUAUUUAAAGAUAUAUUUAUUAAAGAAAAAGGUUAAACUAACGAAGAUAAAAUGGAGUUGAGUGAUUGUCUUAAAACUGAAUUAGAAUUGAUAAAAACUAAAAUUGAUAAAGACGAAGUUUGUGUUCUUGAGCAAUUUUUAUCCGGGUGUACAACAGCGGAAGACGUUAGCGUUUUAGCUAUACGAUACAGACACUUUUUACGCGAAAAAUAUUCUUCUAAUUGGGGUAGUUGCAAUUACGAGCCAAUUAAACGCCCAAUCAAAAUUGCUUAUCUUCUUAACCCAGACAAAAUAUUUUACAAUGAAAUAGAUGAUGUGAUUUGCAAUUAUUUGCGUAACGAAGGGGCGGAAGUGAUACCAUUUACAUAUCAAAAUUUCUACUUUAAAGGUAGCAAAAAUGGAAUAGACCUUUACAUUGAUAACAAAGUAAUUGAUCUCGAUGGUUUUCUUUCAUACGGGUACAGAAGUAAAAACAAUAUGGAUAUUUAUAUGUACGUUGUCCAAAUGAUGGAACAAAAGGGGGUAGUGUGUCUUCACUCGCAUGAAAUCGAUUGCAUAAUCAACAGUAAGCUUCUUCAAUCCAUAUAUUUUGGCAAAGCAAAAAUUCCAAUACCAGAUACAUAUCAAACGUUUGAUAUACAAAGCACUAAGACACUUGUUGAAUCGGUCGACAUUGCACCGUGCAUUGUUAAGUUGCAUGACGGUUACGGUGGUGCCGGGGUUUCGAAGAUCGACCAUAAAAACGGUAUCAUUAACUUUGUUGGAAAGUGUAUUUGGAAAAACGAACACAUUCUAGUACAAAAAUACGUGCCUGAUUCAAUAGGUCGUUCAGUAAGAGUAUUAUGUUUUAAUGGCAAAACCUUUAGCAUUGCAGAAUACCAAGAUUUAUCGGGGAGCCUUUUGUCAAAUGCAAGUUACGGAGACAAAUUUAGGCUCAAUUCAUUAAUGUCUCAUCCAAAAUACAACAUUUAUGCAGAAGUUGCGGAAAAAGCGUUAAGUUCUCUAGGAGAUAUACUAAUCGGAGGUGUUGAUAUUUUAGAUUCAAAGACGGAAGGCGUAGUAGUACUUGAAGUAAAUGGUUUUCCAGAUAUUUUUGACAAUUGGCUUAUUACCGGGAAGUGUGGCUUCCACCAGUUAGCUAAAUGCUUUAUGGAUAAAAUAAAAAAUGCCAUUUUAAAAAGGUGUUCUAAUAAAAAAUUUUAAAAUUAAUAUAUAAAAAGCUUGUUAAUAAUAUUUUCAAAGAUGUUUUUAUAUAUAAAAUA